AACUCAGUAAACCAAAUAAAAGAAACAAAAAUGGAUCCAGCCUUGUACAAUGCUGCGGUGGAAGGCAAUAUCAGUGGUGGUGAUUUUUCACUUGCUGAAUAGCUGAAAAGCGAUGAAGAAAACGAGUACCAAGUGACUCCAAUGGGCAACACAAUCUUACAUGUGGCGGCUCAUUAUGGCAGCGCCCAUUUCGCGGCAGAAGUCCUAAAGAUUACCCCAGCAUUGUUAUGGCAUCAGAGCAAGAAGAACGAGACUCUGCUUCACAUAGCAGCUAAUGAAGGGCACAUCAAAGUAGUCCAUUUGCUACUUAGUAUAGAGGAGCAUUAUAAGGAGAAACUCAUGAGGAUAACAUAUGAGAAUGGAGAUACAGCGCUGCACAAGGCCGUGAGGAGCCGACAUCAAGAUGUAGCGAGGCUCUUGGUGAAAGAAGAUCCUGAAUUCGAAUUUCCAUCCAACAAGGCCCAGGAGACACCGCUGUAUCUGGCAGCUGAGUAUGGUCUUCGCGAAGCUUUGGUUGAAAUCUUAAACUCCUGCAAGCAACCAACUUCGUCUGCAGGUCCAUUAAAUCGAACACCUCUGCAUGCAGCAGUUAUUCAGGAACACACGGAUUGCGCGAGAUUGAUAAUGCAAUGGAAUAAAUCUUUGUGUGAGGAACCUGACGCGGGGGGGGUUGGAAUUCGCUGCAUUUUGCUGCUCUUUUAGGAGUGAAAGAAGUAGUUUCCGAUAUGCUUGGGUGGAAAAAAUCCUUAGCCUACCUUCCAGCAGGGAGUGAAAAUGACUGGACGACGGCAACUCACAUUGCAGCCGGUGCAGGUAAGGUAGACGUUUUACAUGAGCUAUUAAAUCACUGCCUUGCUUGCUGGGAAAUGCUCGACAGUAAUGGCCGAAAUGCUCUUCAUGAAGCCAUAUUAUACAGUCAAGCAAAUGUGGUCAGUUACUUAUUGAAGCCCACAAAGUGGGAUAAGCUUAUCGAGGAUCCAGACAACGAUGGCAACACUCCUCUCCAUUUGCUUGCUUCGUCUAAUUUUUGGGGUUAUGUGCCUUUGGAAUUAAAAGAUCAUCCCCGAGCAAAGAAGAUGUCAUACGAUAAGGAAAGCAAGACUCCUUCUGACGUAGCAAUGUCUUGCACAGAGUGGACGGCAGACAAGGAUAGAAUUGCACCUAGCUUGUAUCACAAUUUCUUUAUUUCCGUUGCUCAAUUGGGAUGACAUGUACUCAAGCUGAACCAGCUUGAUCGGCAGAAGAUAAUUUUCAACCAAGCUAAGGAAAGCGACAUAAACAUCAAAGGUAUCUUGUCAGCAGCUCAAAUGCAACUAGUUGUAGCUACUUUAUUAGUCACAGUCACCUUUGCAGCUGGUUUUACAUGACCGGGAGGAUUUGAAAUCGAUGCCAAUAGCCCUAAUAAGGGGAUGGCAGUUCUAAUAAUAAAAAAACAGCAUUCCAUGCAUUUGUUAUAACGGAUGCCAUCGCCUUUGCAUGCUCCGCUGGUGCUAUAUUCAGCUACUUCUAUAUGGCGACAAAUCCUUGUCCAAUGUCCUAUCAGGAUUUGGGUUAUUUGUGGUCUCUCAGUAAAGUUGGAGCUAGAUCGCAGCUCGUGGCAAUGUCAGCAGUUGUCAUUGCAUUUGUAACUGGUAUGUAUGCUACUUUAGCACAUUCAGUUGGCCUCGCGGUUACUGUCUGUGCCAUCGGUUGCAUCUCUUUCAUUAUGUACGUGUGGGCGGUGCUGAGGCCAGUAUGCUGGAUACGUGUAGCAAAAAAGUAAUGUAUAUGUACAAAAAGUAUUUUUGACAUGUAUACUUCGUGUAAUUUUCUAUAUACAUAAUAUAAACUUUCGACAAAGGAUGUUCUUUACUGCGUGUGGGUCAUGUAUCUUCUUAAAAGAGAAGCGUAGAGAGAGACACAA